CUAACCGAGCGGCGAAGUCCAACAAUUGAACCGACUUUACCGGGCUGGGGGGGAAUGUUGACGGUGUAACACCAGAAGAGAGAACAGGACGCCGCUCGCAUCGCUUCACUGUGAAUUUGUUUUUAGCUUCAGUUUCAAACAAUUUAGGUUUUCUCGGCCGUCAAUGAGUCGCAGAGGAGACAGCGAUGAAGACAGCUGUGGUACACGGAGAGUCGCGUACGUUUAUAGUUCGGAGUACAUCGAGACUUGCGACACUUUAUCCAAAGUACCAAACCGGGCGAGUAUGGUCCACUCACUGAUAGAAGCCUACGGGCUGCUCGGACAUAUGAGCGUUGUGAAGCCUCGUGCAGCCACCAUAGAGGAAAUGGCCAAGUUCCACACUGAUUCCUACCUGGAGCAUCUUCAUAAAAUCAGCCAGGACGGAGACAACGACGACCCCCAGUCAGUCGACUAUGGCCUGGGUUACGACUGCCCAGUGGUGGAGGGGAUAUUUGACUAUGCAGCUGCAGUCGGGGGCGCCACACUGACCGCAGCCCAGUGUCUGCACGACCAAAAGUGUGAAGUGGCCAUCAACUGGGCCGGAGGUUGGCACCACGCUAAGAAGGAUGAGGCGUCGGGUUUCUGUUACGUGAACGACGCUGUGCUGGGAAUCCUCAAACUGAGAGAGAAAUAUGAGCGCGUCCUCUACGUGGACGUCGACCUGCAUCACGGAGACGGUGUGGAAGAUGCCUUCAGCUUCACAUCCAAAGUUAUGACCGUCUCUCUGCACAAGUUCUCCCCUGGAUUCUUCCCAGGUACGGGUGACCUGUGUGACACGGGGCUGGGUAAAGGUCGUUGGUACGCCGUGAACGUCCCGCUAGAGGACGGCAUCAAGGAUGACAGAUACUACCAGAUUUUUACCAGUGUGAUGCAAGAAGUGCGGGCGCAGUUUAACCCGGAGGCGGUGGUGAUGCAGCUGGGUGCCGACACGAUGGCGGGCGACCCCAUGUGCUCUUUCAACAUGACCCCAGUGGGGGUGGCCAAGUGUCUGCAGUAUGUCCUGCAGUGGCAGCUACCUACACUGCUGCUGGGAGGAGGAGGUUAUAAUCUGGCUAAUACAGCUCGCUGUUGGACUUACCUGACGGCGGCGGUGCUGGGAAAGACUCUUUCCUCUGAGAUACCAGACCACGAGUUUUUCACAGAAUACGGACCCGACUACUCGCUGGAGAUCAGCCCGAGCUGUCGACCAGACCGCAACGACACCAAACACCUGGACCAGGUCAUCAGCACCAUCAAAGGGAAUUUAAAGAAUGUGAUUUAGGAGCCGGCAGCCUCAACCUCCUCCGCACACACACACACACACACACACACACACACACACACACACACACACACACACACACACACCAUGUUUCCAAUCCAGGUCGAUGCUCGGCGGCUUUAAUGAAGACAAUAUGGAGCGGACCCCUUCGGCCCCGAGGCACGGAGCGAACGAACGAGGGAGGGAUGAAGGCAGGAAAAAGAGAGCGAGGGAAGGUUUUGGAAAACAUUAGCUGAGUGUUUCCAGGGGAAAACAGUUUAAUAAGAGGGGGGGGGGGGGGGGGGGGCGGUGAUGUGGUCGCUGUACAAUGUUGUUCACUGUUUUUAAUCCUUUGUUGUUUUGAAAAAGUUAUGUGUGUUUGUGUGAAUGAGUGACUUUACGGUGUGUUCAGUGCGGUUAUGUAAAACUGAAUUACAUCAGGAUUUUACAGUCGGCGCACCCCAAGUUUUUUUAUUUUUCUUUUUGGUAUCCAGGGGAUGCGUUUGUGUGCGUCCUAUCAGUUGCACAUUUCAAACUAAAUGGAAAUAACAGAUUUUUCAGGUGUCCGGUUUCACGUUCACCCCGGUGCUGCUGUGAUUUUAACCCCCCGAAGACAGAUAAGCACUAAAACAGACAUAUAGCGAAACAGCCUCGUUCCCAAAACGCUCCGUUAUCCUUGUGAAAGAAAAAAAAGAAAAACAACCCUGGGUUUCUGAUCAGGUCUGGAAAGUCCUGAAAAGUAUGUGAAAAGCCUGUGUGAAACUUGGACGGUUUACAAACAAACUGUCUGGAAAGGUUUGGGAAAUAGCCGGUUACAGAUUCUGAGUUGAUUUGCUCAGCCACACUGUUCUGACCUCUGGGCGAAAUCUGCAAAUCAAACAUCUGGACAGAGUUUGGAAUUUUAAAUGGAAGAUAUGUAGGGAAAGUUAAAAAGGUUUUUUUUUUUUUUUUUCCACAGACGGACAACAGCAGAGAGAUUACGUGAACUUUAAGGAGGAUUUAGAUAAACUGGUUUUGGCACGACUGGAGAUGUAGGUAAAAUCAAUUCAUCUCAGGUCACUGAACAAAUAUGGCUGCCGCAGGUUCCCCCACAAGGACUGGAAAUUAAAGUAUUUGGACGUCACCCAAACUGUGUGUAUCAUUCUCAACUAUACCAUCAUAUAAACUACACACCAAGGCUGUGUGUCGAGCCUCACUCCCUUCUUUGAUGCUGAACGAAAAUCCUCGACAGCUGUUCGAUUACAAACAAACAAACAAACAAACAAGCGAUGAAAUGUACAGAAAAUGAAUUAAGUUAAAGAGUGAGGUAGCAAAGAUUGCAGUCUGUUUUAUUGGCCGUUAAGAUUCCUCAAACUGCUCUAAAAAUAGAUGCAAAGGGCAUCUGGUUACUUCCAUGUUUGGAGAAGUUUGUUAAAACAGCAAAACCUCAUUUAAUCCCUCCAGCUAUAGUUUGUGAUUUGGCAGAGUCGCAUCGAGCAGCUUCAGCCGCUGCACAUCAAAACUGAACAGUGACCAAAAUCUCUAAAUCCUCCUAAUGAAGCUGAGGUGCAUGAGGGAUGUUGACAUUUUAACAUGGGGGGGGGGGGGGGUAAACAAGUGAAGAAAACUUAACUGGAUCAUCAUCAAGUCUUUGGUAUUGCUGCAUUGAUCGGUAGCUCAUGUUUGACAAUAGAAACUAGUUUGAAAAAUAAUUCCCGACUCAAUGUCCACAGAUUUGCUUUUUUCAGGAGCUUUCAAUCGCAUGUUCCUCACUUCCCACUCCUUCAGCUGCAAAAUGUGAGCAAAAGCUCCAGAAAAAAGCUAGUAAGUGGACCUUGAGUAAAGAUUUUUUUUUAUUUUUUGGUGAAACUACUAUGAAUGUUCAUUUUUAGGCAUUAAAAUCCAUCAUUGGUUUCUUUUUAAGAUUCACAUAUCAAUACUUCCUUUCUUUUCUUGUCGUCUUUUUUUUUUAAUUUUUGCACAUUUAAGAGAAAAAAAAGUAGUAAAAAUGAAGGAAGAUUCUGCCUUAUCUUGCAUUUUUAACUGCUGCUGAAUAAAAUAAAAAACACAUUUUAAACUUGGUAACGAAAAAGAAAACAACAGUUUUAAUAGUUAUUUCCACCCGUGUUUCAUUCUAAAUAUAUGUAUGUGACAUCACUUUUCACUUCAACACUCAUUUGACCAAAACUUUUAAACCCCACUGUAGAUAAACAUGACAUCCUGUGUGUUUAGGGUAAAGUUGAUCAAGUUGAAUAUUGAAAAGAAAGUAUUGUAAACUGUUUGUUUUGCUUUUUUUCAUUUUAUGUUUAUGCAUUUGUUUCACAGAAUUACUUCUUUUUUUUUGUUCGUUUGUUUUUUGAUGUUCAUACCACGGACGUUUGUUGAAAUAAAAGACAAGAGAGCA